AUGGAAGGAGUUCUCACAUCCACUCGUCUGGCGAUCAGUGCUUUUGCAUCCAAUAAAGACCAAACACUUCUCGAAACUGUUUUCACUCAUCUGUUAGUUAUCUGUGAAAGCGGUUAUCCAUUCGUUGGGAGCUUUGCUUUACGUUCACAUCUCUCCCUCUCUAACACACAGUCACAGCUUUUGACCAAAAUGUUGCCCAAACUGUUCGCCACCGCUCUGUUGGCCGUCGCUCUCCUCAACGGUAUUCACUGCCAACAAAUGUUCAGUCAACAGCCACCACAAGCCCAGGCGCCGUCUCAGCCGCAGCCACAGUCACAACAACCGCCCGCAACACAGGGACCGCAAAUCAAUUGGGGAAAAUGCCCGCAAUUAGAGCCGUCAGAAAAGGAAAAGAUGACAAAAGCCCAGGUUAUCACCAAAUGUCUGGAGACAACUCCAUUGCCUCAAAACAUAACCAGAGAUACGGUUGAGUUGCAUAGAGAACAGAUCGCUGCCUGCGCUCUGCAGAGCGAGGGCUGGUUCACAGCCAACAACGCCUAUGAUUUCGGUAAAGCCGAGACUGAGAUCAAGAACAAGCAAUUGACGAAACAAAUCGAGGAUCAAGUGUUGGGUUAUCACAAACAGUGCAAAGAAGAAGCGGAGGAGAAGUUCCCGAACACGAAGAACACAGUGAUCGCACAAAUCCAGUUAUAUCAGGCGUGUAUGGAUUACUUUAUCUCUGAUGUCUGUGGCAUUGAAGUCAAUGAGCCCGAAGCACCACAAUUCACCGGCGCUCAACUCUAGUGCUCAUAUCAUUCCCUUAAUUAUACAUUAUUUUUAUAAAUUUUUUAAAUCCGAUUUUAGUAAAUAUUUUGUGAAAUAAGCAAUUUAUCAUAAUAUGAUACAGUAAUGUACUAAUAAAACAAUUUGGUUUGUAUUUCUAAUGAUUGUAAAAUA